AUGGCCAAGCCUUCGCCUUCCCCCCACAAACCAAGGCGAAAGGCCAAACAGGCCGGCAAUUCGAUAAGCAACAUUCACAAUGUCGGCACCGUCGAGACCAUGUCUCGCGCCCCGGCUUUCCCGCUCGCGGCUUUCCUCUGGCCCGCGAGGGGUACUGUCUCGCAAUGGGAGCUUCUGCCCCUCAUAUUGAUGGCCGUCGGUCUCUUCAGAUGGGCUGCUGGGCUGUGGGGUUAUUCAGGCUUCGAGAAACCCCCCAUGUUCGGCGAUUACGAAGCCCAGAGGCACUGGAUGGAACUCACAACCCAGCUUCCCAUCUCGCAAUGGUACUUCCAUGACCUUCAAUGGUGGGGCCUCGACUACCCGCCGUUGACGGCCUACCAUAGCUGGCUCUGCGGCAAGAUCGGUUCGCUCAUUGACCCGUCGUGGUUCGCCCUCUUCUCAUCCCGCGGCCUGCACGACCCAACGCUCAAGGUUUUCAUGAGGGCAACCGUCAUUAUCUCGGAAUACUUGAUUUACAUUCCCGCCGUCGUUGUCUUUGUGCGCCGCUACAGCAGGCUGAAUGGCGUUGCCAACUGGUCUGCUGCGGUAGCUCUUGUUGCCAUAUUGAUGCAGCCUGCUACGAUCCUAAUCGACCAUGUCCACUUCCAAUACAACACGGUGAUGCUUGGAUUUGUGGUGGCAAGCAUGUCAAGCCUACUCGCUGGUCGCAAUCUGUGGGCUGCCGUAUUCUUCGUGGCCGCCCUUGGGUUCAAGCAGAUGGCGCUGUACUACGCUCUUUCUGUUUUUGCCUAUCUUCUCGGCAGCUGCGUAUUCCCGCGGAUUAACAUUCCUCGCCUUAUUGCGAUUGCAGGAAUCACCGUGGUGUCGUUUGCCAUCUUAUUACUUCCCCUCGUCAUCGGCGCCCUCUCCGACGCGAGGAACGGGAUCGAUUCUCGCCCGGAUAUUGACGGCCCCCGUCCGCCCUUGCCACUAUUCCAAGGGCUCGCCGACUAUCUGGAUACGGAAGCCUUCUACUACCCGGUGGUAGAACAGUUAGUCCAGAUGGUUCACCGCGUCUUUCCCUUUGCCCGCGGCCUAUUCGAGGACAAGGUCGCCAAUUUUUGGUGUGCAUUAAACGUGGUUUUCAAGAUCAAGCACUACCCGGCUGAACUUCUGCAGCGCGGCGCGCUCGUGGCAACAUUGGCAUCGAUUGCUCCUCCCAAUAUUGUCCUCUUCCUCCGGCCGAGAAAGGAAUUGUUGCCACUGGCGUUCGCUACAACCGCGUGGGGCUUCUUCCUGUUCAGCUAUCAAGUACACGAAAAGAGCGUUCUGCUCCCGUUGAUGCCGAUGACGCUGCUGCUUGCAAGCAGCCAUGGGUUGAACAAAUCCACUCGCGCCUGGGUCGGGUUCGCUAACAUCCUGGGCUGCUGGACCAUGUUCCCUCUGCUGCAGCGGGUAGAUCUGGCGAUGCCAUAUUCGGUGCUCACUCUGCUCUGGACAUACCUCCUCGGCUUACCUCCCACUUCGUUGAGUGCCUAUUUUCAAGAAGGCGGCAACAACUGGACCCAAUGGGUCACCCUUUUCAUUCAUGGUUCAUUCUACCUGGCCAUGACGCUGUGGCACGUCCUAGUUCAAGCCCUCCAGCCGCCUCCAGACAAGCCGGACUUGUGGGUAGUGGCCAAUGUCGGUGUUGGCGCUGCUGGCUUCUCUCUCUGUUAUGUUUGGUGUCUAGGGAGACUGGUCAUGCAAAGCGAAAUCCUGCCCAGGUCGUGGUUUGCGAAGAAGGAGAAGGCGAAGACCCAAUAA